AUGAUCGCCGUAGCGUGCUCGACGAAGGCGACGGGCGCCAAGCCAGCCGGACGCGCGCCCCGCGCUGACCCUGUGAAGCGCAUCAACCGAGCGAUUGAGGCUCUGGACUGGCAAGCCGCGCAGGCCGCCCUCGACGUCAUCGACAACGACGGCUACCGGGUGUGCUCUGCGACCGAGGCCGACUGGGAUCGCUACGUCGAGUCGGAAGAGCAAGAGAUGAAAUCGCGCCACUUUGAGUUUCGAGACAACUCGAUAUUCCUCAUCGAGAUGAGCGGUGGACUUCACGGCAGCAUUGCGGAUGGCAUCGACGACGCGAUCAAGGAAGCCACGAGACCAGAGGUCACGGGGACGGAGCAUCGAGUCCUCUGGGCGCACCGCGACGUGUACGUCGACACGACCGACGAGCCAGCGGCAAACAAGCUCCCGAAGCUAGAGCCCGACUGUAGCUACGGUCCAGAUCCCGACAUUGGCGCCAUCAAACCUCCCCAAGUCCGCUGGAACGAGUUCCAUACGCUCAAGGUCGAGGUCGGUGUCUCUCAAGGCUGGCGAAGUAUGAACGCCAAGGUGCUGCGAUACUGCGCAUUUCCAGGCAUUCGCUAUGUCCUCUGCGUCUUCGUCCCGCCUGACAUGAGCGUACGCCAGUACAAGCUUUUCUCGAUCACCAACAACCAGCUUGAAGGGCCAGCCCCAGACCUCGUGGCUCCGAUUCCGAUCACGGCCGCUACGCGCGUGCGAAUGGAUGGGCGCCGUCUCUUGGCGCUGCCGGACGACACGGCCCUUCCCGGGCGCUUUCCCCCCGAGUUGGUCCUUGAUUUGAACCCGAUAUUGAAACGAGCCUCGCGCCUCCAUACAAAGUGACGUCGUCUCGUCUUGGAUCCGACUCUGCGCUCAUACCACCACCACGUUUUGCUAUAAUCAGAAAAACAUCCAUUUUGCCUUGCA